GUGGGACAAGGCAGACUUUGUGCUUGUUUUAACAGGAAUUUAGAUGUUGAAUGUGAUAACAGUCACUUAAAGGUAAGAUAUUAAUCUCUUUUGGUUAGGUAUUAAUUUCUUUGGAAAAUGAGGCUAUAACAGGUAGUGAUUGCACAAUGAGCCAGAGCAUCUCUGUUCUGUAUAUAAAGGCAGCUCAUUUGUGGUCAAGUACAACAGAAUUCAGAAGACCAGCUGACUUCUUACUGCCGAUCACCGACUGUCAACAGACACUUACCCACUAUGGCCGGCUACAUCACACACAUUCGUGUGCACCAGCACGGAGCUGAUGAGAAAAGCCUCAACUCACAAAGCUUCAAGAAAAUCAAUGUUAAUCUGAACAAAGGGACAGAAAGAAAAGCCAGCCAUCUUUGGUUCAAAAAAGGAAACGACGAUCCACCAAUCACCAGGAUUCAACUCACAUUCAACGAUGAGAUGAGUGUUGGAUUGAUCAAAGCAGGGUACAAAAAGCUCCCUGAUCCAAUCAUUCCAGCACCAGGAGCUGAUCCCAUCUAUAUUUGGUUCUUCCAAGGGUCUGGAGAGUAUCAUACUCCCAUAGUGGAGCUUGAUUUCACUUCAACUGCAGAAGAGGAAGCCAAGAAGUUUCAAGAAGGCUGGGAGAAAGUGGCCUGUGAUCUGAACCGCAGGGCUGGAGGGUCCUGGGUCUACAUGUGGGUGAAGAGAGAGAAACCAACCUUCAUCUGCGACGUCGCCGUCACCGAUUCCUUCAAAUCCGACGAAGAGUACUUUCGGAAAGGUUACAUGCGUGUGGAUGAAGACGCUCGCAGGGGUGUGGGAAGAGGAAACACCUUCAUCUGGUACCGUCAGACCACCGAUCCCUAUCGUGCACUCAGCGAUCUGAAAGUCUCCACCACUGAAUGCGAGUUUCAGGCCCUUCAGCAGCAGGAAUACCAGCCAGUGAAUCUAAACUUCAACGAGUGGAUCGGAAGCCACCCGAUGUACCUGUGGUACAAGAGAGAGGAAGCCGGCAAGUCCAUCAAGCCCAUCAAGGCCAUCACCCUGGUCCUCGACCCUGCUGCCGUUCCAGUGUACAAGAAGGCUGGUAUCCCGGUUAUUGAGAAAAAUUUCAACGCGGGCACUAAAGGCCACGCUGAGUACCUGUGUUUUAAUCAGUGAAAGCCUGAGAGAGUCUUCCUCAUGGUGGCAGAGCUGAGAAUCCCCAACACUCACAAUGUUAAAUCAUUUUGAUGAUGGCGUCUACAAUCCUUUUUCUCUUUUUCUAUAUAAAACAAUGUGAUUAAUUAUAUUACAGUAAUACUACCGGUGAAAUCAUAAAGUAUCAAUGGUAUAUGGGUUCUACUGUUAAACUCAAUGAAAUCAAACUAUAUCAAAUGGCUGUUCAACACCAAUGUUAAUGAAUGAUUGAAUAUUAAGGCUCUGUAUCACUUUAUUCUGCAUAUUUCCUGCUUCAUCAAUAAAGACAACUUUGCAUGA